GUACCCGAGCACAGGAAGUACUUUGGAAAGUUUGAGCCUCAUUACGAAGCACAUUCAGCAAUAACUACUUGAAAUUGACGAUAAACGCGAGUAUUUCCUUUUUUCAAAAGUGAACCGUUUAACACUGUGCUUUGGAUUUAGCGACUUCUGAAAUGGACCAUGUGUGUGUAUAUUGUGUUGACAUGGCGAAGCAGCUCGCAAGCUAGUAGCCACUAGCUACCAUAAUUGAAGUCACGUGAUUUGAUAGUGAGCAAACAGUUUGGUCUUUGUGUGUGUAACUUAAUUUUAAACUCCAGGCGUUUCCUUACUUGUGAACAAGAGGACGAGGCGGUCGUUGUCCACGGUGGCUGUCAGCACAAAUGCGUCCAGCUUCGUUUGUGUCGACAUCAAACUUGAGUUGAGUGCCCCCCAAAAGUCUUCAUGCCUUGCUCCUGUGGGGACUGGAGACGAUGGAUUCGUCCCCUGGUGGUCGUCUUGUACAUCCUGUUGCUGCUCGUCGUCCUGCCUUUGUGCGUCUGGGAACUGCAGAAGUCAGAGGUGGGUACACACAACAAAGCCUGGUUCAUCGCUGGCAUAUUUGUCUUCAUGACCAUCCCGAUAUCAUUGUGGGGCAUCCUCCAACAUCUGGUUCACUACACUCAACCUGAGCUUCAGAAACCUAUUAUUAGAAUUUUAUGGAUGGUGCCAAUCUACAGUUUGGACAGUUGGAUUGCGCUGAAAUAUCCCAGCAUUGCCAUUUACGUGGACACGUGCAGAGAGUGCUACGAGGCCUACGUCAUCUACAACUUCCUGACCUUCCUGCUCAACUACCUGGAGAAUCAGUACCCCAGCCUGGUGAUGAUGCUGGAGGUCCAGGAGCAGCAGAAGCACCUUCCUCCUCUCUGCUGCUGCCCGCCCUGGCCCAUGGGAGAGGUUUUACUUUUAAGAUGCAAGCUGGGAGUGCUGCAAUACACCGUGGUUAGACCUGUCACCACUGUCAUCGCUCUGAUCUGUCAGCUGUGCGGCGUGUAUGACGAAGGCAACUUUAGCUCUACUAACGCUUGGACGUACCUGGUUAUUUUCAACAACAUGUCGCAGCUGUUUGCCAUGUACUGCCUGGUGCUGUUCUACAGGGCUCUGCGAGAGGAGCUGAGUCCCAUCCAACCAGUGGGCAAAUUCCUGUGUGUCAAAAUGGUGGUCUUUGUCUCCUUUUGGCAAGCUGCGCUCAUUGCUUUACUGGUCAAAGUGGGCGUCAUCUCGGAGAAACGCACCUGGGACUGGCAGAGUGUAGAGGCGGUCGCUACGGGACUACAGGACUUUGUCAUAUGCGUGGAGAUGUUCCUGGCGGCCAUCGCCCACCACUUCAGCUUCACCUACAAGCCUUACAUCCAGGAGGCCGAGGAGGGCUCGUGCUUCGACUCCUUCAUGGCCAUGUGGGACAUCUCGGACGUGCGGGCCGACAUCUCGGAGCAAGUUCGCAAUGUUGGCAGGACAGUCAUGGGUCGCCCCAGGAACUCUUAUUUUGGCGAGGCGCAGAGCGACGGAGAGCGCUCGGGCCUCCUCUCCUCGUCGGCCUCUCAAGACGCCAUCGCGGAGGCGGCGUCCGACCCGGUGACGCCCAAGGGGCACUACCAGGGCAUGGGGAGCACCCAGACGCCGCACUCUGUGUCGGCCCCCGCCGGGCUCAGCCACGCCCACUGGGACCAAGGACACGAGGCUGAAGAACAUGUCGCCCAUAGCGACGGAAGCAAAGAGCCGGAAGACGCAGACUUGAUCGCCAUCACUUAGCGUAUGAUGUCAUCACUUAGCGUAUGAUGUCAUGACUUGGUGACACGCGUGGGCGGGACCCAGUGACGGAACUUGUUUGUUUCCAGGGCUCUUGCCAACAGCUGGAAGAAUGUUCCUGAAGGCACUACUACACGACUUGACUCGUAUCAGCUGCAGCAAAUAUUAACACAAUGCAAGAAAAUAUGGGUGUUGACUAUUUUGGAAUAAUCAUAAGAAUAUCAAUAGAAUCUAUUAAAAUAGCAGAAAUGUACAUUCACAUCAUGGGGAUGAAUGUUUUGUCAAGUCUGGGCCUUUAACGCUUUAUUUGGACAGUACUUUUUAUAUUGUGCAUUCAUUAUCAGGGGUGUGAAUCUUUGGGCAUUGAACGAUUCGAUCUGACACCGAUUCCUGCAGUGACUAUUUGAUUCAGAAUCCAUUCAAAACGAUUCUUGAUUGAAACUGAUUCUUAUAAUGUAUUAUUUGGUAUGAUAAUUAUAAUGAAACUUUUUAAAAACAGGUUAGAAAUGUUAUGUUAGGUUGCAUGGAGAUGACAUAAAAACUUAUUUUUAAAAAUGGAUUAUUGUUACCAAAAACACACAUAAUAUAUUUGUAUAUAUCUGGGAAGGCUGUCCACAAGGUUGCACAGUGUGUUUAUAGGAAUUUUCGACCAUUAUUCCAUAAGCGCAUUGGUGAUGUUGGUGGAGAAGGCCUGGCUCUCAGUCUCCGUUCUAAUUCAUCCCAAAGGUGUUCUAUUGGGUUCAGGUCAGGACUCUGUGCAGGCCAGUCAAGUUCAUCCACACAAGACUCUGUCAUCCAUGUCUUUAUGGACCUUGCUUUGUGCACUGGUGCACAGUCAUGUUGGAAGAGGAAGGGGCCCCGCUCCAAACUGUUCCCACAAGGUUGGGAGCAUGGAAUUGUCCAGAAUGUUUUGGUAUCCUGGAGCAUUCAAAGUUCCUUUCACUGGAACUAAAGGGGCCAAGCCCAACUCCUGAAAAACAACCCCACACCAAAUUUCACACUCGGCACAAUGCAGUCCGGAAUAUACCGUUCUCCUGGCAACCUCUAAACCCACACUUGUCCACCAGAUUGCCAGAUGGAAAAGUGUGAUUCAUCAGUCCAGAGAACACAUCUCCACUGCACUAGAGUCCAGUGGCGAUGUGCUUUACACCACUGCAUCCCACGCUUUGCAUUGGACUUGGUGAUGUAUGGCUUAGAUGCAGCUGCCCGGCCAUGGAAACCCAUUCCAUGAAGCUCUCUGCAUACUGUACGUGGGCUAAUUGGAAGGGUACAUGAAGUUUGGAGCUCUGUAGCAACUGACUGUGCAGAAAGUUUUUGCACUAUGCUGACCUCUCUGUCAAUUUACGUGGCCUACCACUUGGUGGCUGAGUUGCUGUUGUUCCCAAACUCUUCACUUUUCUUAUAAUAAAGCCGACAGUUGACUUUGGAAUAUUUAGGAGCGAGGAAAUUUCACGACUGGAUUUGUUGCACACAUGGCAUCCUGUGACAGUUCCACGCUGGAAAUCACUGAGAGCGGCCCAUUCUUUCACAAAUGUUUGUAGAAACAGUCUCCAUGCCUAAGUGCUUGAUUGUAUACACCUGUGGCCGGGCCAGGUGAUUAGGACACCUGAUUCUCAUCAUUUGGAUGGGUGGCCAAAUACU